AAAUAUAAUAAAUAUAUGUUUUCUCCUCCUUUAGCUCAGCCUAACCAUGACCCAAACACUCAUCAUUGCUUAUGUGGAGCAGAUGCUGAUCUCAUUAUGCUCGGCCUUGCUACAUAUGAACCCAACUUUACCAUUAUUAGAGAAGAAUUCAAACCAAACAAACCCAAGCCAUGUGCUGUUUGUAAUCAGUUUGAACAUGAAGUUAAGGACUGUGAAGGUUUGCCAAGAGAAAAGAAGGGAAAGCACGAUGAACUUGCAGAUAGUCUUCCUUGUGCAGAAGGAGAGUUUAUCUUCCUUCGUCUUAGUGUUCUUCGUGAGUAUUUGGAAAGAGAGCUCACCAUGGCCAGCCUACCACUCACAUUUGAUGUCGAGAGGAGCAUUGAUGACUGGGUCUUCAUGUGCUUCUUUGUGGGAAAUGAGUUCCUUCCUCACCUGCUGUCGUUAGAGAUUCGGGAAGGUGCAAUUGACCGUUCAGUUAACAUAUACAAAAAUGUGGUUCACAAAACUGGGGGUUACCUUACAGAAAGUGGUUAUGUCAAUCUGCAAAGAGUACAGAUGAUCAUGUUAGCAGUUGGUGAAGUUGAGGAUAGCAUUUUUAAAAAGAGAAAGGAUGAUGAGGACAGUUUUAGAAGACGACAGAAAGAAAAGAGAAAGAAUGAAGGUGAAGAUCAACCAGCUUUCACUCCUGGUGGAGUAUUAACCCCUCAUGCCUUGGGUUCAAGAAAUUCACCAGGUUCUCAAGUAGCCAGUAAUCCGAGACAAGCAGCCUAUGAAAUGAGGAUGCAGAAUAAUUCUAGUCCUUCAGUAUCUCCUAAUACGAGUUUCACUUCUGAUGGCUCCCCGACUCCGAUAGGAGGAAUUAAGCAAAAAGCAGAAGACAGUGACAGUGAACCUGAACCAGAGGAUAACGUCAGGCUUUGGGAAGCUGGUUGGAAGCAGCGGUACUACAAGAACAAAUUUGACGUUGAUGCAGCUGAUGACAAAUUCCGUUGUAAAAUUGUACAGUCUUACGUUGAAGGGCUCUGCUGGGUUCUUCGAUAUUAUUACCUGGUACAAAAUGAAUAUUUUCCUCUAAAUCUCUAGUUAAUCAUUUUAAGAAAAUAGUUAUUUCUAUAAUAGUGUGUGUUGUUGAGCUAUAUUCUGAAAUUGAACCCAGACUCAUAUUUUCAAGCUUCCUAUAAAGAAAUUCAUUACUUUA